AUGGGACAAGUGCUUUCAUGCUGCGUCCGUCCACGAAGUGAAAAGCUUCCUUCGAAACCUUCUCAGCAGCCACUUGAGUCUUCGUCAACUCUAAACUGGCGCCAAUCCUCUGCUGGCAUUUCAUCACGGCCUGUUGACACAUUGGAAAAUUUCUUUAUAAUUCUUAACGAAAGUGGCGCUCCGGUAAACCGUGAGCAUUGGGCGGCUUUAGCGGCACUCAAGAUCAACUUUAAACCUUCUUUAACAGAUCCCAUUCCAUAUUUGCGGCGGGCUUGGCUGCUUACUGGUCGGCUUCACCCGACUUUUACUGCUUCAGUUGUCAAACGGUCCAAUGAUGGGUCAAAGUCAUCAUCGGAAAGGCCUUUACUUACGAUACAGCCUUUCGAUGCAGAUGCCUGGGUGUCCAAGACAUUUCUGACAACAUCAGGUGCCUCUGCAAGUGCCGUGUUUGGCGGCAUGCUCAGUAAUGGUAUUCCCACAUGUCACUGGCUGCCUGCAAGCCAGGAGAUUCUCAUCCGCUCGCCUCAUUGGCGUAUUGAUGGCAUGGGCCUUCUCAUGCUCACGCACAGUUUCUUGUCUUCCUUGGCUUCUGUUUUGAGACAUGGCCUAGACCGUGAUCCGGAUUCCUAUGAUGGGCUAAUUGGUAGCGGGCUACUUACUAGAAGCUUGGACGAUGUUGCCGAUGCGUAUAUUGAUGAGGAUACUACACCGCAGAACGUAAAGGCGACAGCAGAUGAGCUCGUUGGCGAAUUUGUUCAGGGUGUCCCUAGUAUCGGACUGCCCACGCUUCCAGGUUCAGAAACAGUUCCUCCAGGAGAUACGGCGCGCGAGGCUCUGCGAAUCGAUGCGCUUACAACUGCUGCCAUCGUCGCGGCAUGUCGAGCUCGCAAGAUCAGCGUCAACAGUGCCGUCCAUGCAGCCGUCAUUCGCGUCACGGCCACUUAUCCACAACAUCCGCUCGCCAAACACUUCGCCGCCUUCUUCCCAGUCGAUAUGCGCAGGCACUUGCCCAAGCCAUACGAUGGGCCGGAUUAUGCCGUGGGCGCGUUCUCUUCCGGCCUCCCCAUCUGUAUUCACGACGUGCUCGGCGAGAAAGAUGUCAGAGGCAGCGGGCCCAAAAGCUUUGAAGAGAUUGUCCAGCAGCUGGCAUCUGUGUACGCGACUGAUCUUUCGCGCUUCACGACCGACGACGAAGGAAAUCCCGUCAGCAUGAUCAAAGUGGUGGCGCCCUACGUGCGGCGCACGACGAAGCUAUUCUCAGCACCGCACCCGCCCGAGCUGCCACAGAUUCAGAAUCCGGACGUGAGCAGCAUUGGCAAAGUCGAGGCGUAUGUCCAGCGCUCGUACGGCGAUGAGAAAGAGGGCUUCGAGGUGGCAGACAUUUGGCUUGGGACGCAGAUGUUGUCGCGGUCGGUGCAGUGCCAUGUCUGGGGCUUUAGGGAUGAGCUGAAUAUUGCGGGGUGCUUUAAUGUGAGCUUUUAUGAGGAUAAGUUUGUGAGGGAGUUUUUGGAAAAGGUUGAGUCUGAGUUGUUGGCUGGAUUGGGCAUUGACCGGGUGAAGACGUUGUCGAAUUAG